AUGAGCUGCUUCAGUGAGAGGCGAAGACGCACAUCUCCCAUGGGGGGCAGCAGCCGAAACGAGCUGGUCCCCUCCAAACUUCCCAGGAUGAACGGGUGGUCGUGGCCCCCUCAGGCCUUCCAAGUGGUCGGCUGGUUGGUGUACAGCUUCUUCGCCAUAGUCGGAUUCGGCAUCUACAUCCCUCUUCUUCCUCUGCCGUGGAACCAAGUGCUCUACUCUCUGACGGGCAUAGCAUUUAUCGUGCACCUUUUGGCGCACAUUGCUGCCGUCACUAUAGACCCAGCGGACGCCAGCGUCAGGGCCAAGCAGAGCUACUCCAGCCCAAAGCCACUUUUUGAUCGGAAAAACCAGCUGCAUGUCAUCCAGGACCUGCACUGCUAUCUAUGUGAUGUCAAGGUUGGCCCCAAAGUGAAACACUGUGGUGUUUGCAACAAAUGUGUGGAAGACUUUGAUCACCAUUGCAAAUGGCUGAACAACUGCGUGGGCAGGAGAAACUACUGGUGCUUCUUUGUGGCACUGUGCUCUGCUACGAUGGGUUCGUUCCUGCUCGUUGUUGUCAUCUUCUUCAUCUUUAUUCAGCAUUACCUGGACCCAAACACUCUAAGAACUGCUCCACAGUUUGGUAGUAUGCUCGGGAAUGGGACCUGGCUGGCGUUUAUACCAUUAGCACCCAUAAAGACUAGUUCAGCUGGUCUCCUCAUAUUGGCCUUUAUAACAGUGAUGCUGUGCAUCGUCUGCCUGCUGCUGCUCUGUCAUCUGCUUGGUUUUCACUUUUAUCUCUUUUCUAAAGGAAUAAGCACCUAUGAUUAUGUAAAGAUGCAGCGCCAGAAAGAAGCUAGAAUCAUAGACAAUGAAGCAGGACAAUCCAAUGAUGCCAAAACUCAUAACAAGGACCCAGAGAACCAAGAUCACUCAAUUGACUGUGAGCCUGCAUUAUCACAGAGUUCAAGUACCUGCAAAUUUGAUGAUGGAGUCCCCCUUAGCAGCAGAAUUCCCGGGUCCAUAUGUACAGAGCUGGAAAACCUCAAGAAAUCAACGGAGAAGGAGAAUCGUUUUCAUUAUGGAACAGAAAACCCCACAGAGAAGACAGAAAGGGAAAUAAAUGACAUAAAUUGCUGGAGGCCUAGUGCUGAUGAAGAGCCUCAGAGCCCCAGUGUGCAGUCUGUGGACAGUGUUCCUGUGGUGCAGGACCCUCUGGGCAGCUCAGUUAUGACUCCAGACGAUACGUGAUAGGAACUGACGUGUGAUGAACAGCAGGGGCCGAUGAUAUGCUGCUUUCAGGGACCAUGUAUUAUGGAUCUUUGCAUCACGAAACUGAGCGGCAUGGACACAUUGUUGACAUGGACAGAGGACAUCAUGGACGUCGCCGCACAGUUUGUUACUGUUUUUUUAAAUUUUCAUCUAGUGGACAUUUUUUAUGAAGGACAAUUGUGGACCUGUUCUUGUUUUUGUAAUCUACACUGUGUUUUAAUGUCAGAUGAAUUAUUUAAAGCCUGUUUUUAUGUCACCGACUUGCACAGAAAGUCAGAAAGUCCAGCGCACAUACACUUAUAUUCAACCUGGGUCACAUAGAUACAACAAUGCGUAGGAACUAUUUAUCUUCCUGAAAAGCUGAAACAUAAUAUUUGAGUUUACUGUUCAUAUUCUGAGCCAGAUGGGUUUCAUCUAGGCAUUUCCCCCCUGUCAUUUUAUCUGGAGACCAAAGAGAGAACCUGAAAUGACAAAACACUCCCUCUAACUCAUGUAGUGGAUAAGAUAGAAGUUUGAAAAUGAGGCAGUCGUUCAGCUUUCGGUUAACUGUUGAUAUCACAAACCCAUUGGUGCUUUGUGUCUUUUUUUUAAUAGCUGAAUUUGGUAGUAAACUAUAUAAACAGACCAUAUUCUCUACACUAUUUUUCUUCUUGAGCUUCUUUACCACACAUAGACAACCAAUCAUAUCCAGAUUGUGGGUAUUCCUGGUUUCUGUCUAUAUAUUCUGAGAUAAACAGGUAUUUACUGGUUGAAUUUACCUCAAAACAUGUGUUUGCCCGUAGCUGCUGAGCAUGCUCAGCUAAAAGAAAAAGCCUCUGUGUGUUGCUAAUCUACUUUUAACUGAAAUAUUUCCUAAUGCACUUUAAAGUAAAAUGCUAUUCUGGCAAAAAAUCUUAACCAUUUGUUUUUAGAUAACACACUAACUAAAACAGUUUGAGAGCAGAGUGACUCACUGUUAUUUUAGUAGGGUAGUUAAGUAGUUAAGUGUUACCCGGCAGCAGGAUUUGUCUAAAAGAUAAGGAUUUGGUGAAUACACAAACAGGACUAACAAUAAUUACCAAAAGUGAAUAAACAAGAAUGACUUAUCUUGAACGACAUGUCCACUGUGUUUGGCAUAACCUAAAUCUGUUUAACACCAGAUAUCAGGUAUCCAGGAGACUGUCAAAGUAUAUUUAUACGUAUUGUGUCCGUAAGAACAACUGCUCUGUUCUCAAGAGAAUCAGCCUUAAGCUCUGCAGCUCUGUAGCUCCACAGCACCUGGUGGCUUUUGUGCUCACAGCUACUUUUAAAAUGUUUGCUCUCAUCUGUGGCCUUAAUGUGAUUGGAGCCAGUGUAAAGAAACCUACACAGUGAGUGAUCCUAGCAUCGCUGUUUGUUUCCUAAAAGGAACAGUCAUAUUUGAAUCAAAAAGUACAUGAAUUAUACAUUAUAAUUAGGACUUGUGUUUUUAAGUUGAUUUUUAAACAAGGGUCUACCUGGGUGGUUUAGGUUUCAUCGGUUUGUUUCAGAGAGAAGUACCUGUCAUGUGCUUAUCUAAUGGGGCCAGUCUCUUCCUCCUUCAUAGAUGUUAUAGGGCAAAAAUAUAUUGUUCAGUCAUCUCUUAUCAUGGCUUGAAUUACUUGACAGGGGCCUGAUGGGCCUUUAUUUCAUAGCACAUCAGAAAGCUGCUCCUAUAUCACAUUGACAAUGACUCAGUUCUGUUCCAUGUUGUGAUUGCAUGGCUCAUGCACUGAAACCAAAUCAGCAAAUAAAACACCAUCUCUGAUUGUGUUAUUUACAUCGGCGCUGUACCUGCUAUAACCACUGUAUUGUAUUGUAUUGUAUUGCAUUGUAUUGUUUUGUCACAAGUCAUGGUCUAUCCAUUUGUAAGAUAUAAUCUGACUCCUUAUUAAUUAUUUGUCUCAGAGGCAAAUUUUGUGAGUGUAACAUCAGAAACAAACAUAGGACUUUAUCAGUAUGAAAUAAAAAAAUAAGACUAUUAAUCCAUGUUGCAAUCACACAACUCAAAGAGGUUUUUAAAUAGUAAGUAUUUCCCCUAUCUAUUUAUUUUCUGUCUAAACAGGAGGAAGGACAAGGACCAGAGAAAAGGUUAGCCUCAUGACCUUACACCUACAUGGGAUGUGUUUUAAACGUUUGUUAUCCAUAGAAGAACUGUUUAUUUUUUCCUGUACAGGUUUUAUUGUAAAAGCUGAUUUCACAAAUGUGGCACCGAGACUGU